UCUUAUGUUGAAAAGUCCACAAUUCAGUACAUUAAAAAAAGUGCUGGUUUGACUGAAGAGAAAUUCAGGAAAUAUUGAGAUGUCAAUAUUCCCGUCUCAAGUUGUCUUGCUAGGGUGGAUCGUGGUGGCGUCACUUGGACCAUUUCCAGGCUGUACAUUGGCCCAAAAUCCGGAAUACCAUCCCGGCGAGUGGGACAUCUCCGCUAAAGAAAUGGCGACCCUCUGCGCAGCAGCAAGUAAACCAAGUCCGUCGACCGAAAAUCUAACAAAAUUGAAUCCAGACGGUAAACAAAUUGUCGUCGGCUCAUCAAGCAACGCUACUCCCGAUCGUUCGACAUACUUGCGGGAUGAUGAAUCCUGCUGGAAGAACGAGUGGGUUCAUUGUCACGAAGACGACGAGGAGGAAGAGACUGAGGAUCGUCUGGGGUCGGAAGGUGUCCUUGCGAAGAGACGACAUCCCUGUGGCUACUAUCGCAUGGUAGCUGCUCCGAAGGCAGAAUGUGCAUGAAUUUUUGACGAAAUUGUUUCACUAAUUUUUGUGCCCAUUAAUUUUAUCCUGAUCGAGUUAAGAUUUUCGUAUUUUGAUUUAAAAAACUAAAAAUGUUAGAGAUUAAUGCCAUAUCAAAUAAGUUCAGAUAAUGAUAAUUCGAUUUAAAUGUUAUAAAGGUACAGAAACUGGGUCUUUAAAUUUUGAAUACGGAAACCAGUGUAAAAUUUUCAGAUUCUUCGAAUUUCGACGACAUGAUAUUCAAGUCAAGAUCUAUAACAUAUUUUUGUUUAGAUCAAUCAAACUCAUAAUUUUAAUCCUUUCAAUUUUUUUUAAACAGUCGAGUUUAACGCCAGUUUAAAUAAUUAAAUUAGUAGUGAAUAAAAAAUAUUUGAUUUUAGGUGAUCUCUCUUCAUCGUAAAGAAUUUCUUAUCAAAGGAAACCCUUGUAAAAAAUCUAAAAACGUGGCUAAAACCAAAAUAUUGUUUCUUUUAUUAGUAGCAUUUAAUUCCAUAUCGCUAGUUAUAACACACCACGUGCUAUAAUGUGAUCAUUUUGACCUUUCUAUGACCUGGAAAUUCAAAAUUGUUGAAUUUCAUUUCAAAUAUCUUCAAAUGGCGAAAACCAAAUGGCUCUAUCAUAUCUGAGAGCUUUAGAACAUAUGCAG